UCCCAAAAUGCUCAGAAAACCAAAACAAAACCAAAAGAAAAAACCCAAUUCCCAUACCAUAAAUCUUUGUAUAUUUAUACACCAUAUUUUAGCUAACGUGCACACACAAGUGUGUAUAUAUGUAUAGAUGUAGAUACGUGCUCUCACAUGGCCAAUAAUCCGGUUAACGUGCGCCCAGAUUAUCCACAGCCACAAGUUGCAGUACCCAGGCUCUCUGUACAAGUACCUGAAGCUUGUUUCACUACUAACGUGCGCCAGGAGGAGACUACGCCACGUCCUUUUGCUACGGCAUUUGAAGACCCAUCACCGAGACCCGUUCAAUCUUCACGCGCGUCAUCGGGUCAGCAGGCCGCCUCCGGUGGGAGCCCGAAGUAUCGAGGAGUACGGAGCCGGAGUGGGAAAUGGGUGUCCGAAAUACGGGAGCCACGUAAAACUACGCGCAUUUGGCUCGGUACGUACCCGACACCGGAGAUGGCGGCUGCCGCGUAUGACGUGGCGGUGCUGGCCUUGAAGGGCCCCGAUACCUUCCUGAACUUUCCGAAUUCCAUUGUUUCGUACCCAGUACCGGCUUCGACGUCGGCAAGCGACAUACAAGCCGCGGCGGCGAGUGCGGCGGAGGCCAUGGCGAGGAAGCCGGACACGGAGAGUACGGAAGAAUAUCCGGAAACGAGACCAUCGGAGAAGGAGGUAACGACAGGUAGUAGCGGUCCGAUGGGCGAGGAGUUCAUCGACGAGGAAGAGCUUUUGAACAUGCCGAAGUUGCUGGUGGACAUGGCGCAGGGAAUGCUCGUGAGCCCGCCAAGGAUAGAAUCGAAGUCCUCGGAGGACUCGGGUGGAGAUAAUUUAUGGAGUUAUGUAUAAGAAGUCUCAAAUCGGAAGAUGAAACAUACGUGUUCGAUUGUCAAGUACUGGUCUGUGAUAUUCAUCGAACAGUUUGAGCAGUACUCAUGUUCUCCAUUGCACAGUAUGUGUGGCUUUUUUUAUUUUUCUUUAAUUCCUUCCCGCUGGGUUUUGUGUUACUGCAGAAGUUUUUCUUUU